AUGGCCUUCAGAAAGUGGCUCGACGAUACCAGGAAGAAGUUCCUGACCAAGAAAGACGUGCUCAAAGAGCACAUUAAGCAGAAAUGGAACCAUUUCUGGGAUAUUUCCCACAGCGUGAGCCACACGCCUGUUGAACCAAGCUCCAGUGAGGAGGAAGACGAGGAGGAGGACAACGACGACGACGACUAG